CAAAAUGAGAAUAUCCAUAAAUGAUUCACAUCUACAUACAUGCCUUGUGUAUAAUGUAUUUAAUCCUGCUUAUUAAUCAGAUGAGCAGAAAUGGGGCGGAUGCAGAAUUGCGGUUAUUCUGCUGUUAUUCUAGUUUCGUUUCUCUCUCUAUUUACAGGCCUUUGUUAUGCAUCAGAGUUUUCCAUUGGGAGAAGAAUCCUUCAAAGCAAGAAACCUUGCCCAGUAAACUUUGAGGUUCAGAAUUAUACAAUUAUCACGAGCCAAUGCAAAGGACCAGAAUACCCUCCGAAGAAAUGCUGUAAUGCGUUUUUAAGGUUUGCUUGUCCGUACGCUGACGCCAUCAACGACAGGGCAACGGAUUGCGCCGACACCAUGUUCGCUUACAUCAACCUCUACGGCAAGUACCCGCCCGGCAUUUUCGCCAGCGAGUGCAUCGGAGAUAAGAACGGCAUAUCAUGCAAGGGCGUGCCGCCGUCUCAGUCGCCCGGUAGCGGCGGCGCUCUUUCACCGUCUUCGCCGCCUCUGCUGCUUGCACCGCCAUUUCUACUGCUGUUUAUGUGCUUUGUCUAGAUGCCUCGAUUUUUUUUUUUAAUAGAAAUUUCUCUAAUUUUUUCUAGGCAGUUGAUAUGUAAGAUAAUCCGUAUUUUUGUUAUUUAUACGGUUCGUUUGACAUAAAAAGAGUUGUAGUUUAAGUAUUUUACACUUAUAGAAUUAUACAAAAGAUCAGAGUUGUAAUUUAAGUAUUUUAUACAAUUAUACCUAUAGAAUUUUAAUUUUUGCUUUUUUCCA